AUGGCGGGCAUCGCAGCCAGGCUGGCCAGGGACCGGGAGGCGGCCGAAGGGCUGGGCUCGCACGAGAGGGCCGUCAAGUACCUGAACCAGGACUACGAAGCGCUGCGGGACGCGUGCCUGGAGGCCGGGACGCUCUUCCAGGACCCCUCCUUCCCGGCCCAGCCCUCGUCGCUGGGCUUCAAGGAGCUGGGGCCCUACUCCAGCAAGACUCGGGGCAUCGAGUGGAAGCGGCCCACGGAGCUGAGCCCUGAGCCCCAGUUCAUCGUUGGAGGAGCCACCCGCACAGACAUCUGCCAGGGAGCCCUGGGUGACUGCUGGCUGCUGGCGGCCAUCGCCUCGCUGACCCUCAAUGAGGAGGUCCUGGCCCGAGUCGUGCCCCUGGACCAGAGCUUCCAGGAGAACUACGCAGGCAUCUUCCGCUUCCAGUUCUGGCAGUAUGGCGAGUGGGUGGAGGUGGUGGUGGACGACCGGCUGCCCACCAAGGACGGGGAGCUGCUGUUCGUGCACUCGGCAGAGGGGAGCGAGUUCUGGAGCGCCCUGCUGGAGAAGGCCUACGCCAAGAUCAACGGAUGCUACGAGGCGCUCUCGGGGGGCGCCACCACCGAGGGCUUCGAGGACUUCACGGGGGGCAUCGCCGAGUGGUAUGAGCUGAAGAAGGCCCCUCCCGACCUGUUCAGGAUCAUCCAGAAGGCUCUGCAGAAAGGCUCUCUCCUGGGCUGCUCCAUCGAUAUCACCAGCGCCGCCGACUCGGAGGCCAUCACGCUGCAGAAGCUGGUGAAGGGCCACGCGUACUCGGUCACCGGAGCCGAGGAGGUUGAAAGUGCUGGGAGCCUGCAGAAGCUGAUCCGCAUCCGCAACCCCUGGGGAGAAGUGGAGUGGACCGGGAGGUGGAACGACAACUGCCCAAACUGGAACACUGUGGACCCGGAGGUGAGGGAGAGGCUGGCCGAACGGCAUGAAGACGGCGAGUUCUGGAUGUCCUUCAGCGACUUCCUGAGGCACUACUCCCGCCUGGAGAUCUGCAACCUGACGCCCGACACCCUCACCAGCGACACCUACAAGAAGUGGAAACUCACCAAGAUGGACGGCAACUGGCGGCGGGGCUCCACCGCGGGAGGCUGCAGGAACUACCCGAACACUUUCUGGAUGAACCCCCAGUACGUGAUCAAGCUGGAGGAGGAGGACGAGGACCAGGAGGACGGCGAGAGCGGCUGCACCUUCCUGGUGGGCCUCAUCCAGAAGCACCGGCGGCGCCAGAGGAAGAUGGGCGAGGACAUGCACACCAUCGGCUUCGGCAUCUACGAGGUUCCAGAAGAGCUACGGGGGCAGACCAACAUCCACCUCGGCAAAAACUUCUUCCUGACCACGCGGGCGAGGGAGCGAUCGGACACCUUCAUCAACCUGCGCGAGGUGCUCAACCGCUUCAAGCUGCCGCCGGGGGAGUACAUCCUGGUGCCCUCCACCUUCGAGCCCAACAAGAAUGGCGACUUCUGCGUCCGUGUCUUUUCCGAGAAGAAGGCCGACUACCAAGCUGUCGAUGAUGAAAUCGAGGCCGACCUGGAAGAGGCCGACGUCAGCGAGGAUGACAUUGACGAUGGAUUCCGGAGGCUGUUUGCCCAGCUGGCAGGGGAGGAUGCAGAGAUUUCGGCCUUUGAGUUGCAGAACAUCCUGAGACGAGUCCUGGCGAAGCGACAAGAUAUCAAGACAGAUGGCUUCAGCAUUGAGACCUGCAAAAUCAUGGUGGACAUGCUCGACUCAGAUGGGACUGGCAAGCUGGGGCUGAAGGAGUUCUAUGUUCUCUGGACAAAGAUUCAGAAAUACCAGAAAAUUUACCGGGAAAUCGACGUGGACAGGUCUGGCACCAUGAAUUCCUAUGAGAUGCGGAAAGCCCUAGAAGAAGCAGGCUUCAAGCUGCCCUGCCAACUGCACGAGGUCAUCGUCGCUCGCUUCGCCGACGACCAGCUCAUCAUCGACUUCGACAACUUCGUUCGCUGCCUGGUGCGACUGGAGACGCUCUUCAAGAUAUUUAAGCAGCUGGACCCCGACAACACUGGCAUGAUACAGCUCGACCUCAUCUCUUGGCUCUGCUUCUCCGUUCUCUGAAGUUACGACUCUGCCUGAAGACUUAGGAAAAGAAAAGUAGCCAAGAACUAAGGUUCCACGGACCUUGAAAUUAUGGGAACAUUUACUGAAACCGAUGAUCAUAGCUGAAAAUAAUACUAUUUGAGAUAGCCAAACUUUCACAUAUCAAAGAUUUGUAUAUCAUAUUAAAUGCAAGUGAGUAAUCCUUGAUAAACUCAAAGAAAGCUUUCAGUCUGUACAUAGUGCACACUUUUUACUUUUACACACCUUCCCAUUGAUAGCAAUAUUAAACCAGAAAAAAAAAAUGCAGGGAAGUACCUAACAACGGAGCAAACCUGAAGUCUUAUCUCCCAGGACACCAGGCCCUCGAUGGGAAGAUUUAAAGUAACUCCGUGUUUAAAAAUGCAAGUGUGGCAUCAACCGGAUGGCAGCCCUGACUGCCGUUCCCCCCAGGGAAACUGGGAAAGGCACUGUCGGGAAGCGACCUUGUCACAACAUCUAGAGCCCGGUGGCAAAGCACAGCACCACUGUUUGACUUAAACAAGAGACGGCCUUUAAGUGCCACUCACGGGUAACCGUGAAUCAUUCUCGAACUUGCGCAUGUCUGGCCUUAUGCACUUAGUCUCCCACAGCCAAGGCAGUUCUACUCCUGACCAGCUGACGCUCCAGUUCACACGCUGGUCCCACAGAGGGCAAAACAAGUUCCUGGUGCCCCAAAACUUUAUGAACGGCACCACGUAGUGUGCUUGUGCACAGUUAAGGGACACCACUUAGGAAUUCCUGGAAAUGACGCCACCUUGUUUCCUGGCUCGAUCAUGGGGAACUGCUAGCAACAUUCUAGAAAUACCGCCUUGUUGCCUUAUCCUCUUCCAGAUGUACUGUUGAAUAAAGUUGCCCAUGCAAUCUUAA